UUCUGUGCUUGUCAUUUGUUUCCUGUUGUCGGGCACUGACAACAGAAGCAGCAGUUACUGGAGGCCACCCUAGAGAAAACCUGUCUUACCUCGCUAAAGGCUCAGUUUGACGUUUGAAAGAGGGAGACAGAAGGCAGUAAAAAUGGACAGUGAAGAAAAGACUUAUGGUGGUUGUGAGGGGCCAGACGCUAUGUAUGUGAAAUUGAUCUCAUCUGAUGGCCAUGAGUUUAUUGUGAAGAGAGAACAUGCUCUGACAUCAGGAACGAUCAAAGCUAUGCUCAGUGGUCCCGGCCAGUUUGCUGAGAAUGAAACAAAUGAAGUCAACUUUCGAGAGAUUCCCUCUCACGUCCUUUCUAAAGUGUGCAUGUAUUUCACAUACAAAGUACGCUAUACUAAUAGUUCAACAGAAAUCCCAGAAUUUCCUAUUGCCCCCGAGAUAGCACUGGAGCUUCUGAUGGCUGCAAACUUCUUAGAUUGUUAAACAUGCAAGCAAACAUUCAUACACACAUCUGACUGCAGAAUAAAUAUGAAAAGGAAAAAAAAACAUUAUUGGUUUAUUUUAUUGCUUUUAAAUACUUUUAGGUUUGCCAACAAAAGUUUGCUUUUGUAAGAGUAUUACCUUUUUUGGUCAUUUUGUCCAGUAACCUGUUAUUAUUUUUAGGCUUAGCCCAAUAUUAUCUUUUUAAUAUUGGGCUAAUAUUAAUAUAUUUUUUUUUCUAAAUUGCAAAGAUGUCUGCCGUAAUGUUCUCCUGUUAACUGGUUAUUUCAGCCAGAUAUGUGUUUCAUUUUAUUAUUUAUCUCCUUAUGCUAACAAGUUCAAAAGUUUGUUCGAAUAGAUUUGUUAUACCUUUUCUGCUUGUGGAUCAGACAGACAGAAUUCUUAUGAUUGUUAGCAUUAGUCAUUUGGAAGUUGUCGAAUAAAAUCAGCUGUUCUUGAAAGUAUUUUGAUCCAUUUUAUU